AUGGGAAAUGAAGAGAGUCUUUCUAUGCAAACAUCUUAUAAAAUGACUGAUAGCUAUGCAUAUGCUCCAGUUGCUAUCGAUCACAGACCUGCCAAUCAGCGUCCACAGUCAAAAGGAUUGUUUAUUGAACAACCUGGAUCAUUACAUAAGACAGCGUACCAUGGAGUAUGGUCCAUGCAGUACUCUACGACCUUAGGACCAGUAACGCGUAUUGGACAGUGCUCUGUUUUCGAUGCAUCAACAAAAAGAUUAAUUAUAGCUUACGGUGUUGAUACAAAUGGACAAUGUUUGAACGAUGUUUGGGCAUUAGAUGUAAAUAAACUCUCAUGGACUUGCUUAAAUCGCAAUGCAACUUCACCUCGUCAAUUUGCUUCCGCUGUAUUGAUUGGUCGCAAUAUGAUGGUUUUUGGUGGUGUGUGCAAUCAUAAAUUCUUCGCAGAACUACACGCAAUCAACAUAGAUACAGGCGCAGUUACGAUGAUUAAUUUAAACAACCCAGGGCCAGGUCCGAGAAGUUCACCUGUCAUGUUCGCUACUCCAGAUGGUUCUCUCUAUCUCUGGGGUGGUUACGAUGGCGCUGCAAAGAGCGGAGUUCACGUUUUGAAGGCCGGAUCAAAUGAGUGGCAUCGAUACGAAAAAGCUCAUACAGGAAGAGCUGCUGCUGCUUUCUGCGAGCACAAAGGUCGUUACUUCGUGUUCGGUUCUUCAAAAGGACACGGAUUACUCGAAUUCCAUCCAGAAACAGGCGAAUUUGAUACAAUUGACUGCACAGGAACAGAGCCUCCCCACCAACUUAACAGAGCUUCGUUAGUUUCCGUUGACGAAUAUUUAUUCUUAAUCGGAGGCGAAGCAGACUCUCAAUUCAUGCAUAUCUACGCGCUCGAUGUCAACCGCUACUGGUGGUUUGCAUUCCACGUCCGUCCAGACAUGGAAUCCAUCAGUUUGGCGGAUGGCAACGUAAACAAGAACGGAUUGUUCCUGCUACCGAGAGAAUAUGGUGCAUCAAUAAUAUACAACGAAAGUAAGAAAGAAAUUGUUUCUAUAAUGGGCUCAAAAAUGUUAAAUCUUGUUCCUAUAUUUAAGCUUUCCAUUGGAGUGGCUUUAUCAUCGCUACACAUAAGAAGCGAUAUGUACGAAGUUUUCAAGACAGGUUUCUAUUGA